UGACCUUUUAUUUUGAAACGCGUUAGCUGCGUCUUCCGCGAGGUCACGGUGUCCGCGGUCACGCGCACGCACGGUGUUAAGCGCUAGGCGGAGAGGCGCGUGAGGACUUCAGAGCUGAUUGAGACGGGGUUUCUACCGGAAACAGAAAUCAGUUAUAUCUCGGAGUUCAUCAAGACCGAACUAUGAUCGCAGCAUCAGUGGAGAUCCUGUAAACACUCAUCCAGAAUCACUUUCUCCUGAGAAACACAAGGUGCCGCUGCCGUGAGGACGCAGGAUGCAGACCAUUAAGUGUGUUGUGGUGGGCGACGGGGCGGUGGGGAAGACGUGCCUCCUCAUCUCCUACACCACCAACGCCUUCCCCGAGGAGUACAUCCCCACCGUGUUCGACAACUACAGCGCUCAGAUGAGCGUGGACGGCCGUACGCUGAGCCUCAACCUGUGGGACACGGCGGGGCAGGAGGAGUACGACCGUCUGCGCACGCUCUCCUACCCACAGACCAACAUCUUCAUCAUCUGCUUCUCCAUCGGCAGCCCCUCGUCCUUCGCCAACGUGCGGCACAAGUGGCACCCGGAGGUGACCCACCACUGCCCCGGCGCUCCCAUCCUGCUGGUGGGCACCAAGAGAGACCUGCGCUCGGACGCGGAGACGCUGAAGAAGCUGAAGGAGCAGGGCCUGGCUCCCACCUCGCACCAGCAGGGCGGCGCUCUGUCCAAGCAGAUCGGAGCGGUCAAGUACCUGGAGUGCUCUGCGCUGCUGCAGGAGGGCGUGAGGGAGGUGUUCGUGGAGGCCGUGCGUGCCGUGCUCUACCCCGCUACCAAGAAAAACGGCAAGAAGUGUGUGCUCUUAUAGUCGUGCGUGACGGAGAUGAACUCGUGAACAAGCUGCACAGAGCCGUUCUCACGCUCUCGCUCUUUCUGAUUGGGCUUCGCUGACUUCUUCAUGUCUCUUUGUCUUGUAAAUCUGUCUGUGGAAGUUGCUUGCUUUAUUUGAGUUUUUAUUGAUCAAUAACAGUUUGUUGCCAGUAGAGGUGUGAUGAUAAAUCAAUCCGAUUCUGCAUCGUGAUUCUCUUCUGAAUUGAUUCUGAUUGUUAGUUUUGAACAGCAGAUGGCGCUGCAUGCUUCAGAAACAGCCGUACUCCACUCACUUCCUGUUCCUCACGCACCACUUGAACUUAAAAUAAUCAUUCAGAAAGGUCGAAAGGUUGAAGCGUAUUACAAGAGUGUUCACAGUGUCAUAAAAGAACG